CACUCUCGUUUUGGCUGGGGAUAGCAGUUAUAUUUCAGAUAAGCUUUACUCAUGACUGCUGCAAUGGAGAAAUUAAAAGGAAUUGCAGAGCUCACUCCGUCCUCUAGUGAGGAGGAUGCAAAAAAUACCUAUGAUUCUUGGGCUUCAUCUUAUGAAGUGGAUACCGAAAAACAUGGUUACAAAGGUCAUGUCUUAUGUGUAGAGGCUUUUAACAAAGCUAUGCAGUCGAAAGAUGUGUUCCCUCAUGCAAAUAAGAACAUCAAAAUCCUUGAUGCUGGAGCUGGUACUGGCAUUAUAGGCGAGAUGCUGGUUAAACAAGGCUACACAAACAUCGAUGGCUUGGAUAUUUCACAGAAAAUGUUAGACAUAGCAGAAAAUAAGAAAGUUUAUAAGCGGCUCAUUUGUGCUCCUUUGAGUGACAUUCGCGUAGAGCAAAUAAAGACUGCCGAGUAUGAUGUAGUGUUGUGUGCAGGGACCAUUGUUUAUGGGCAAGCGAAGCCUGUAGCACUGGAUGAGUGCGUACGUCAUGUAAGACCAGGUGGACUGUUUGUUUUCUCUAUUCGUGCGGACUCCUUCGAUCCAGUAGAGCUCGGUUACAGCCCCAAGUUUGAGGAGCUAGAGAAAUCAGGAAAAUGGCGUCUUGUGAGCAGAGAACGACGUGAGCUGUACACUAACCCUGAUGAGGAACGCUAUAGAGACUGUUAUUUGAUCACUUACAAAGUGCUCAAAAACUGAACAACAUACUAACUCAUUAGUACAAGAAUGUUUAAUAGU